AUGCAGUUGCCAGUCCAACGAGGCCUGCUGACCUCGCCAGCACCAGGGGCAACCACUGAUGCUAUGCAACAGAGUCUUCCAGCUUCGCUGGAGGAGAAUGAUGCUGCCCCGAUGAGUGUCCUGUGGUCACCAGACAGCCGUGGAUACAGUGAGAUUGAAGGAGCGUCCAGCAUAGAUUCGGACAUCAUCCUGGGCAAAUCCAGCUCAGAUGCCGAGGAUCCCCCGCCAUCAGAGGUAACACCACAGGCAGCCUCGACAAGCAGGGACAUCAAGGCUGAGGACAAGCGGUCUCCGCGCCCAACGAGCAGCAGCGUGGCGAAGGACACGCAAGUUGAAGGACAGCGGCCUCCGCGCCCGAAAAGCCGGCGGGUGGCAAAAAUGUUGGUCAAGGUUCUGUCCAGCUUAGACCACGGCGGCUUGUGCCAACGGCUCCCUUUCAAGUCUUGGGGUACUGUUGCAGCAAUGCCGGCACGGAGCACAACGGAGGACCGGCAGGGGGCCAGCCACUCGGAUGAUAGGCCACUCAUCUCACUGGUGUCGCAGACGACGACAAGAUCCCACACGUGCGAGGGCGCAGAGGAACCCAAGGCAAAGAGGGCCAAGAAGCCCAAGCCAGACGGUGCAGAGAGCGGGGCCACAGCCACAUCUACUGAGGGUCCGUCUAAUGGGUCUGUGGCCUCCACACCCAGGGAGGAGAAUCCUCUCAGGAGUGCGGUCUCCGCCCUGCGAAGUUUUGAAGCUGUGAGUGCGCUGCAGCAGAAAAGCCACAAUAGGCCAGCUGUAGAUCGUGGACCCGGAGGGCGAGUGGUCUCCAAGGCUAAGCCAGCAGCCAGGGAUAGGAAGUCCGCGAGACGUCCACCAUCCUACCUCAGACACGGCGGGGGCGAGCCCGUGGGCGCACUGAGACAACUCCGAGAGGCGGCGCGGGCAGCUGCCCAGGCGCGCGAAGGAGACGAUGAAGAAGUAGAGGUGGAGGUGGAGAUAGAGUCGACGGUCUCGCUCCGGUCUGCGGAUUCCGCGCCGGAGACGAUCCUCACGAAGCGAGGUCUCUGGCCCGUCCCGAGCUGCGAGCAGGAGGACUCGAACCAGGGCAGUGCAACCAGUGCAGGGCUCCGGUCAGCGGCCUCCCCACCGGAGUCCUUCACUCUGGCUCCGCGCCGUGAGAAAUUGAUCUCACAUGCCCUUUCCAGGGUACUUCGACACGAAGCCCAUCACCACGACCUACCAAUGAACACAGCAGGUUACGUGCCCUUGUUGGACCUGAUAACUGCUCAGCCCCUUUGGCAGCAUCAAGUGGCACCCGAAGAAGUGAAGCAAGCGAUCCGGACCAACAAAAAAGGCCGGUAUCAGCUUCUCACCGAGGCUGGAACAGACAAGGUCAGGGCAGUGCAAGGCCACAGCAGGAGCCUGGUGAGACAUUACAACCUUUCUGACAAUGAGAUGUUACAGGAAAUCUCUGUGAGGAACGCCCCCGAGACGGCCGUGCAUGGAACAGUGCUCGCCAACUAUGCCAGCAUCAGAGCCAAUGGUCUGCAUCGUGGGCUGCGACAGCAUAUCCACUUUGUGGAUGGCGAAGCGGUCACCGCGGCUUCGGGUCGAGCCGGUGAACGGUCAGGACUCCGGAACGGGUCCGAGCUGAUGAUCUGGGUAGAUCUGCGAUGGUGUUUGCGAGACGGGAUCUCCGUUUACAAGUCGCACAACCGGGUCUUACUCACACCUGGACAAGACGGCUGGCUGCUGCCGAAGUAUAUUUUUGAGGUACAGAUCGUGGGAACCGAUCGGGCCAUCCAGACACCAGAUGAAACGCAGCUCCCCACGGUUGACAUGGUCAAAGAGGCCCUCCAAAAGGCCAGAGGCAAGCAGACUCCGUGCCAGUCCCGAGAAAAAAGGUCUUUGGAUGCAUCGCGACACGUCUCGAGGGAGAGCGGCGAGCAAGCCAUGGGACAACUGCAGGAGCUCAGAAAUGAUGCGGUAGCCAAGGCGAAAGCCAGAGCACAGCAGCACCAGGAGCCCACGCAGCCGGAAGAUCGGCGAGGGGACACAGCUCAGUCGUGGUGGUGGGCAAAUCAAUGGGACUCCUCAUGGUAUACGGAGGCCCAAUGGACGGAGGGGGGGAACUGGAGGACGUGGACUCCACACUCCAGCAACUGGCAUUGGGAAAGCACCCAGGAUGAGGAGAGCUCUGCUGCGUCCACAUCAGCCGCCCCUCAGGCGGCGAUGGAUCGAAACAGUAUGUCUGAUCUUCUGGGCGGGCAUGCCGACCAAGCUGGAGGCCACGUACGGAUGGCUCUGCAGUUGCUGGCCUCGCUGCCACCGGGAGAAGCCAACGCUAUCCUGAACUUCUUGUCUGCCCUACCGCAUCCAUCGCAACUGCCUCGGACUGGCGUCACCAAGGAGCAAAGCACGCAGACGGACGCUGCCAUAUGUUUCAGCAUUCAAACGCAGACGGAGCCAACUGCUGAUCCUGCGGAGCCACGGGGGCUGCGGCUCCAACGGCUAACUGCGAGUACAACGGAGGAGCCCACUCUGGAUGAAGGCGACCCCGACGAUCCUUGGCAAUCGGAUGCACACCCGCUAUCCACGACGGCGUCGCAAUGCCCAGCCGGGGGGUCCGCGGGGGUUGAAGAGGCAGCUGCCGGCUCCGCGGCCCGGCGCUCCAGGCAUUUUGGCGACGCUCAGACAGCCGGGCAACUGCUGAGGACACCCGAAACGAUCCAUGACCUGAUGCAGUUCCUUGAUCAAGGGUCCUUCCGCCAGUACCAUAACAAGUAUCAUCAGGCCCGGGAGGGCCGCGCGCUACGCGAGGAUGGAGUACCAUUCGAUGCUCCACUUCGUACCCCAAGUUGCGGAAACUGGCUGUGGUCGCUCAGUGCGUCGUUGGUGGUUGGCCCCCAGCGCCUAGGGGCCCGUCAGCAGGAGGGGUCCCUAGGGGACGCCAUGGAAUGCUACUUGUUCACGGUGUAUCAGGCCCAGACACCAUCCGCGCUGACUCUGGUGGACGACUGGGCCACGUUAGCCACGCAUCUUCAUGCCCUCCUCCAUGAUGUUCCAGCAACGAUAUACUAUCGCCUGACCUGGAAGCAAUCCUGGAUGACAUUGGCCGAAAAACUGGACGGCUGGCUCUGCUUCGCAGACCCGUUGCCCUUGGAGGAUGGAGAGGUAGACCAUCCCGUGCCAAUGCAGGGCUCUCGACUUCGUACUACCUCGACCAGUGGACCCAAGCUUGGGUCCAGGAUUGCGGAUGAGGGACGCUCUCAAUGCAUUGUGGACUCCACUCCAUUUGAGGAGCUGGGCACAAUGAUGUCCACCCGAGACCCCAUAGUGCCAGCAAACGCAGACGACGGUGGCGCAUCCGCCAAAGCCGUCCUCGGCACAGGAGCCUAUCAGCGAUGCCUUCAGUCUGCAAGUUACGACGACGAGCAAUGCACGCAAUCAGUGCGGCUUGCCCGGUUUGUCCAGCAAAAUGACUUGGUUGUUCUCAAUACCUGGCACAUGAAGGACCCGUGUACCAACUACACCCGCACAGGCAAUUCCCAGAUUGACUUCGUCAUGGUUCGUGUCCUGAGCGCAGACCCAUUAUCGAAGCAGGUGCUCAAGCAACCUGCACCCUUUGGAGCUUGGAAGGAGAUGGCACACCAAGCGCUCAUUGCGAAUGUUAGAGUCAUCAGACAUUUCCACCUCCCCCGACCUGCCAAACAGCUAAAUGCCAACUAUGCGGUCAAAGACCUGGACCAUGCUUAUAGGCGCAACGACCCACGCAUACAGGAGCUCCAGCACCAGACUCAGAGACGACUGCAACGCACUGAGAUGCCUACUGCUGAGAUGCUUAACCAAACGCUUGUCCAGGCAGUGGUGAAAAUUUUCCCUGCACUGUCCCGGGGGAAACAGGGAAGAAGCAAGUCCAUGGCGGUGCUCCGUGCUUUCUUCACUGCGUGGAAGGAACAGCUUACGCUGCCAGACGGGGAGGGAGGAUCUGUUCCGCCAAAAAUCAUGCUUCGGCGCCCCGAUGGCACACCCAUGUAUGUGCAGAGUUGCCAACAGCAUGGCGUGACCCACAGCUGUGCUCUGGCCGGUCACGUCAAGGACCUGGUCCUUACUCAGGAGGGUCUUAAAGCUUUGGGUGGAAACGGCUUUAUAGUCCGGGAUCGAAAAGAGGCUGGCAGCCAGGUGGGCGAGGUGCUUUGGGACCUGACACCAGCAGAAGCCACUCCAAUGCAGCUCCCGUGGACCCUGUUUGCGGAUGACCACUUAGGAAGAAGUGCCUCCCACUACUCCAACUCAGUCUACGCCAUGACUGGACAGCAAGUGCCGCUGGAGCCAGAACAGCAGUUGGCUCAGGUCUGGGGCCUCAGCUCCCCUCUGGCGGUGACGCCAACACCACUGCGCCAGGGGAAUGCAACCCGAUCACGACAGAGCCAGGGACAGCCAAACAAGUUCAGGAAGGGGCAGGGCAAGGGCAAGCCGACUCAGAGCAAGAGGGAAAGAGAGCAAGACGAAGAGGCGGCCGACGAAGAGAUGUGGCCAGACCUCGAUCAGCUAGACGAAGAGACGAUCAGACGAAUCCUGAAAGUGCUGAUCAAGUCAGCAACCAGACACGAGCAACAACUCACCUCGCUCGAGUCCGACCGGAGCUUUGUGUUCUUCAUGGAGACGGGCAACCACGGCCUGAUCGGCAUGAUGAUUCAGGCAAGCCAAGCCUGGCACCAGAAAUACGAGGCAGGCAGUGUCACCACGUCGUUGCGUGCAACCCUGUGGGGAGUCCUUCUUCUCGAGUGGAAGACCAGACUCGAGAAAAUCGAAGCCGACACUCAGGCUCUCCAGACCGCGGAGGCAGCCCACUGGAUCACGCGGUCUCCGCUCCAGUGGGCAUACACGGAAUGGAAUGCAGAGCAGAAGAAAGCUCUUCCUUCAAGCCGGGACAAUCUGCCGCACGAGGAGGCCAAGAGAGCGGUAAACAAUCUUCUCAGAAUCACGGCGAAGGACGACAUCGUGCAUCGCUUCCAAAGCCUCAAACCACUGAAACCGGACCUUCACGCAGAAGUGGUGGUGAUGCUACUCACCCUCACGAUUCGACAAAAGGGAGAAGAAAUCCAAAAGGACCUCGACCUGCUAGCAGACAACAGUGUGGGCAAGGUGGUGGGGCUAAGACUCCGCCGAGAAAGGGUCUCCAAAACCGCGCUUGCCAAGGAGCUGGAGAAACUUCGCUUGUAA